CACACACUCAGAUAGUGAGUGUCUGUCAUCAGCACAUACAGUUUGACGUUUAUCAAAACAGCGCAAUUAAUUGUUUAGUCGGGAUAUGUUUAUUAAACAUAAUUUGAUAUUUGCUUCAAGACGAACCUUUUCAAGUGAUCAAAUGAUUUAAAAAGUUUGCAUUUUGUGGUAGAAAUUGUGUAAAUUUAAUGGCCUACAAAGAGGUUAAGCACGACAAAUAUUGCUGGAAAUGCUGUAGCAAAAACACAACGAUGAAAUGUUCCAACUGUGUUCGAGCAUUCCAUAAAAGAUGUGUAUCAAGCGAUGGUCGUGAUGUUCCAAAAGAUAAAAAUUGGUUAUGCCCUGUGUGUAGUGUGCUGACAUCGGAAAAUGUUGACAAGGAAAAUGAUCUGAAAAUUUUGCCGGUGCUCAUUGACAAAAUAUGGAACGAUGAAUCGUUCGAAACAUUGAAGUACCCCAUGGAAAAUUCCAUUCAUGCAGAUAUAAAAGUCAUUCAUUCCAUUGUCAAUCCAAUGGAUUUAUAUCAGAUUAAAAGAAAGACUCAUACUUACACCGGCUUCAAUGAAUUCUACGUCGACAUUUGUUGGAUCGUACACAAUUGCGUCAUUUUGUUCAAGGAAACCCAUGAUAAUACAAAAGCAGCCAGAGCAUUACUGAAUUGCAUCAUUGAGGAUGUUCAAAGUGCCAAAGUGUGUUUUGAGUGUUACUUGAAUGCCAACAAGCACCCGGAUCAAUGGUUUAGUAUGGUGUGCGACGAGCCACAUUUAAUUAUUUGGAUCAAGAAAACGGGCGCUAACUACUGGCCAGCAAAGCUAAUAAAAAUCGUUACCGGGCAAGAGGUCAAGGUCCGUCUAUUUGGUGAUCACAGCUACGUCGACGUAUCAUCCAGCAACUGCUUAUUGUAUUCUGAAUCGAGUCCAAGCCGUAUUCCAAAAUCACCGGAUGCCUACAAUAGCGCAUUGAAAGAAGCCAACACAUACAUUGGAAAUCUUACGAAAAAAUUCGGAUCGUUUCGUUUCGCCGAAUCGAAGACAGCAUUCAAUCCAGCACUGCUUGAAUACUAUAUAGCUCAGUUGAUCCCGGGCAGCGUGGAAUAUCGAAGAAACAAAAAUGCUGCCAAUGUAACCGAUGCGACUGACCUUUACUCUGAUGACUCAUCAAGAAUAAUCAGAGAAGCCGACACAACAUGCCCUGACGUAGGAGAAUACACCACCCAAGAUGAACAUUUCAUCGAAGAAGACCAGAUCUCAGAUGAAAGUGUAGCAAUACUCAACUACAGCUAUGAACCUGGUUCUGAAAAUGAUAGCGAAACAGAUUUUCAAUACAAUUCUUCAUUGACUCAACUCGCUGCAGAUGAUGUUAUUGUCAUUGAUUGAUGAAUUACAUCUUGAUGUCUUGGAAAUUAGGAAAAAUACUCACUAAGCAUACGUUUUGGACUUUUCUUUUAUUAUUUUACGUUAAAAACUAACUCUGUUUCGUACAUUCGACAAUGUAAAUGGUUGAUAAAAAUUUGUUUCUGGAAGAAAUUUUCAAAAUCAGUUAUAAAAAGCGACAAAGACGUUUAAAACCGGUUGUUAGAUAGAAGUAAAUUGAAUUUUUUGUUAAAUGACCGUAGCAAUUUCCAAAUAGUUCUGAAUUUUUUUUAGCUAAAGAAAUGUAUUUGGAUUAAAUGGACGGAGAACCAUUAUUUUUGAUCUUGAAAUAGAUCUUAAAUGAGAACCAAGUUGAUCGAUUGAAUUAAAAUGUUUGUUUGAAAUAAAUAAAGCAAUUGAAAUAGACAAUUGAA